GCGCGGCGGGGGGAGGAGGAGGAGGAGGAGGAGGAGAAGAAGAAGGGAGGGGGGGCGCCGGCUGGGGGCUAACAAAGGGCGAGGCGUAGCGCUGGGGCUGGGACAGGGAAGAGGAGGAGGGACGGAGGGAGGAGGAGGAGGAGGAGGAGGAAGGGCAGCCGGCGGCCCCACCACCAUGCCGCGGGUCGUCCCCGACCAGCGGAGCAAGUUCGAGAACGAGGAGUUCUUCAGGAAGCUGAGCCGCGAGUGCGAGAUUAAAUACACCGGCUUCAGGGACCGGCCCCACGAGGAGAGGCAGGCCCGCUUCCAAAACGCCUGCCGGGACGGCCGCUCCGAAAUCGCUUUUGUGGCCACAGGAACCAAUCUGUCUCUCCAGUUUUUUCCGGCCAGCUGGCAGGGGGAGCAGCGACAGACACCGACCCGGGAGUAUGUCGACUUUGAAAGAGAAGGAGGCAAGGUGUACUUGAAGGCACCUAUGAUUCUCAAUGGUGUCUGUGUAAUCUGGAAAGGCUGGAUAGACUUACAGAGACUGGAUGGUAUGGGCUGCCUGGAAUUUGACGAAGAGAGAGCACAGCAGGAGGAUGCAUUGGCACAACAAGCCUUUGAAGAAGCUCGGAGAAGAACUCGUGAAUUCGAGGAUAGAGACAGGUCUCAUCGGGAGGAAAUGGAGGUGAGGGUUUCACAGCUGCUGUCAGUAACUGGCAAGAAGACAACAAGACCCUAGUCCUGGAUCGAACCUAGGAAGUGGUGAUGAUCUCAAACUACGUUAAUCAACAGCAGCAGGCGUGCCAUGGGUCUGCACACAUUGCUUCUACUUGGCAAAGGAUUUAAUAAAAGACCAGAAACUGUGAUAACUGGGUAUACUAUGGUCUGUUUCCUGACCUGCGGCAGUCAAAAUCACCAUGAACUGCCAUGGUUUGCACUAUGUUUAUGUUACGAUACCUGCAUUUCCCAUUUUAAGCAUGUAGCCAGUGGCAAUUUGAAAUUUUGUUUUUCUAUGCAAACUUAUUUUUGUUGGCACUAUUUUAGUGAAAUGGAAACUUAUGCAGCUAUAAGAACAUUUUUUUGUCAAUGUAAUAAAAAUUGUCACUUAAAAAUAGGUCAAGAUAUUACAGAUUAAAAACUUUUUUGUUGUUUUUUUGUAAACUGCUGGAAGCCAAUGCAUUCCAAGCUUAAUUUUUUUAAUAUGGGCUUUUGGAGUUUUGAUUGUCUUUAUUGUGCUCCUGCUUUAUUUUAGAUAUGCUUUCUUAUCUUUCUUUCAGUUUUCUUUUUUUCUUAAUUUGUAAGACUUUCUAAAAACUGCUGACAUUAUUUUUGCAUUAUUUCCAAGCUUAAACCCAGUGGAUCAGUGCUGUUGGAAUCAGGUUUCAAACUCCGGGUUUGUAAAUGUUACAGUUGCAGUAUUCUUUUAACUGCUAACAAUCCAUCGGUUCCACUUUUUAAAUGAUAAAAUCUUAAAAUGUAUAUUUUCAUGCAUUAAUGCAUUCUGCCCCGAUAUCUUAGAUUUUAUUCUGUAUUAAGUGAGUUUAGGCGGUUGUUAUACCCCUGUAUAUAGUACCUUACUGAAACUCAUAGGAAGUCGCAGGCUGGCUUCUGUUUUAUUCAGGGAUUUUUUUAAAUACUUCUUAAAAAAGGGAUACUGCAACUCUACAAUCAGAUUCAACAGCGCGUUAAACUGGGAAUAAAAGUGAUCAGCUGCCAAGGUGAUAUGUAUUAAAUCAUGUUUAAGAUAGCUGCUUUAAGUAUAUUUUAUAUCUUAUGCUUUUUGUAAAGUUGUGCUGAAUGGUGAAAAGUUGAGAUGAGGUGGUGCGCAGAAAAUUUCAUACUGUGCAUAGGACACUUCUAUCAAAUCUUAUGCAAAUUAAGACUACAUUGCAGUAAAUAUUGCAUUUUCUAACAGGGUAAGAUUUGGGGUGAGUUGAUUUUGUGUGAAUUAUUUCUGUUUUGUUUGGGGGGGGUGGCAAAUGGAUUUGUUCCAAAUUUUUCAUUGCAUCCAAUAUUUGAAGAAAACUGAUUGGAAAUGUGAUGUCAUCUGGCAUUGUCAAAAUGUGGUGUCUCGUGUACAGCCUGAUUAAUUAAAAUGUCACGUGGAUACCUUUUUAAAAUAAGUGAUUUAAUCUCAGUGUUUUAAAAAUGAUUUUGAAGGUCGAAACUCUAUGAUAAGAACGCUUUAAAUCUUUAUGAAAUUCUGUAAUUAAGAUAACUACAUUCCUCAUUAAUGGCAAAAAAAAGAUGUAAAAGAGGUCUUGCAAAAAUGUAAGCAGAUGUCCGUGUGAAGGAGAAUCUUUGUAUGUUAAUGAUAUGAAUAUUUAACACUCAAUCAUGUCGGUAACUGUAAACUGUGAGAAUGUCAUCAAAUAGAAAUAUUUUGAUACUUCAAUUUAAAUGUGAUUCACCUAAAAGAUAACCUUUUUCACUCCGUGGCCACGUAUUCUUGCUCUCCUACCCCCAAAGAAAAAAUUUUUCUAAAAUUUCUGCGAUGAGUUAUUUUAAGGGACACAUGCACGCAUCCGCACACAUCCCUAGCUUUGGAUCUUCUCUGCCAUCUGUGUAUUUUUGAUGGAAUAGUCUGAAGAUUUAUUUUAAAAGGUUUUCCUAACGGUUCAGUGGUUUUAAACCAUAAGUACACAGGAAAUUAUGCUAUCAGAUAUUAACGUCGCUAUCUUUGUGUAAAUACUGAACUUUCCCUAUCAUCAUUUAGCAUUCUGUUGCUUACGAUAUCUUAAUGCUGGCAUUAAGAUCACAAGUCCUUACCCUCUGCUGGUUAGUGCAGACUUUUUAAAGUGCAUUUUAAGUUAUUGAUGCAAUUUGAUAUUUUUCAUAAUUUCUAUUUAAACUGAAGUUGCAUCAUCUUUCUUGAAUUCAUCUCCUGUAAGAGUUGCCUUAAGCUACAGGAUUGCUUUUGCUACUUUUUGUGUUGUAUGUUUAACUUUCAUAAUAAACUUCUGUGUAGUGAAAACAA